AUGACUCAUCAAAUUGCUAAUCAAAUCUUAAUUGAAGAUUUUGUUCGAUGGCCAAUGAAUGUUACAUAUUAUGGUUGGGAACACUGUAAAUGGAUACAAAUUUAUUCUUUACCAUGGCCAUCAAGUAAAAACGAUAAACGACAAUUACCUAUUGUUAGAGUUGGAGAAGAUUCAUCAAUAUUAUCAGAUGUUAAAAGAUCAGCCUAUAUGAAACAUGUGAUAAUUACGGACGACGGUGAGGAAACUACUCCAUUAAUUAUAGAAUUUGGUAAUGCUUAUGAAAUAAUAAGUUGUUUAUUGAUUGAUAUUAAAUUGCCAUUUCGUAUUUACAAAGGUGGUCCAAAAGUUAUCGGCCAGUCUUAA